AUGGAGUUGUUUGAUUCUUGGUUUAUCGCUGGUGGUUUGUUGGUGGAACUAGUUGGGUUGUUUGUGGAAGCUGUGCUGGUGAAGCUGUGUUGGUGGAGGAUGUCUGUGGGCAGUGGGUUUGUCACUGGGUGCUUGCCGGUGGAGACUGGUUUGGUGUUGCUUGUUGAUGGCCGGGUGGUUUCGUCGUGUUGCUUGUUUGGCGGAGGCUAG